UCGGCACAUUUCUAGUGUUUUUAAGAAUUUGAUUUACCGCAUUUAUUAUUGAAUCUACUGUUUGCUGCAGAUCAUGGAGGAUAAUCUGCAAUUCUUUCAAGCUGUAAUGGAAAGCGAUUACUCUGAUCUUUACAUAGAUGCGGUAGACGAGAUUACAGUUGUGAAUUUAGAGGGAGCUUUGGAAAAAAUGAUCGAUUCUUCUAUCCAAAACACGGAAAAUUAUAUAUUAGCACUUCGUUUGUUAAAUCAUACCUCCGGAGAAAUGAGAAACAAAUCAUACCCAUGGACUGCAUUAUUAUUAAGGGUAUAUGUGUCUUGCAAAGAAAUCCGGAGGGCCCAGCAGAUUGUUUUAACCUUGGGUGAACUUGCAAUAAUGUGCAACACGCGUGAAGAAUCAAGGAAAUGGUUUGGUUCCAAUUAUGUUGAAAAUAUUUUUAACACAAUAACCAAGGAAUAUUGUGUGCAAAUAGAUAAUUUAAUCGUCUUACGUUGUAUUGUUACUCUUUUAGAACUUUACCCGGAUUAUAGUGCUGAUGUGAAUGGUAGCGUUAAACAUUUUGUUUCGAAGUUUAUAGAUUCUCUAAAUUCUAAUACAGUGGAGUAUUCUGCAAAGUGUUGCCAUCUUCUGUUAACUGUAUCGAAACCUCAACCCAAUACUGAAAAAAAGAAGGAGUUGUGGCGAAUAUAUCAAUAUAAGCUGGUAGAUAACAUCCAGUUUUUGUUAAAUAUAUUUUUUGGGCAGGUUUCUUUAUCGGUUGUUGAUGCUGUCAAUUGCGGACCGCUACACAUCCCAAUCCUGCUUCUUAGCGACGAUCCAGUAGAAAAAUAUCCACAAAUUUUUAUUCGAUUUAAAAAUUUGGUUGCCCAUCUGGUUGUGACUUUACGGGAACCAUUUCAUACGGAAAAACUUAUUAAUGCAAAGAAAAUUUUGAAUCUAAUAAAGAGUGCACUAGACCUCUCACAUUUAACGGCGCGACAAAACGAAACGAUUAACAGAACAAUGCUCGCCCUUUUGCUUCCACAGUUUUAUUUUAUUAUGUUGCAAAUGGUGGAGACAUUAAUCUUGACUUUAGGAAAAAAUCUGAGAAGGAGUUAUAAACAAAUAUGGACCAUUCUGGGAGACAUAACAAAAUAUAGCACAUUCAAAGCGCUAAGUGAAGGAAAAAAAUCAUACCAGCGUUUACUCGUAAAAGUGUGGAAUACCACUUGCACAUGGUGUAACAUAUUGAAUCAAGGAUGUCGUAGUGAUUUAUUAAGUAAUUGUAUGAUGAAAAAUUUGCUAGAUAUUUCCCUCAUUCGAAUUAUUCCAGCAAAGGUAAGUUUGUGAAAGCAUGGGACUGACGGAAGUU